UAUUGGCUGGUAUUGCCGGGAGAGGAGGGGCCUGCUGUAAAGCUGUAAUGGGCUCCAGCUUGUGCAGUGGUGCCGAUCCCCACGUUUCCUCCAACCCAGCAGCUUUCCCUCUCUCUGCAGACACACAUGAACGUGCGCCGGGCUGGCGCCGCUCCAGCAGACACACUCUCGAACGGAUUUUUCAGAAUCACCAUCCCACCAUCUGACUGAAUGACUUGGCUUUUCUCUUUGGAAACCCACAGCUCCAGUCCAUUCAUCUUCAAACGCUCAAGCAAGCUGGAUUACAUCCCAAAUCUCCAGACACGAGGAGCAGAAACAUAAGGGAACAUCACUUUAAAGGCUCUGUUUAAUCCGGAUUUCUCUCGGAAGCUGGACAGAUGUAGGGCAGCGUCCAAUUCAUUCCCUGCUGAAGAUCAGAUACUUCCAGACUCCCCUUCUCAAUCAUCCUUCCGUCAUGCGAGGGAGAGAUCUGUCCUUGUAGGCUGACAUACUGUUCGAAGAAAGAGCUGAGCUCACCUCAGUAGUGCGAGAGAGGCUGCUUCUGACAUGAUCUGACAGGUGCACUCUCUCAUUCAUUUUCUGCCAUGAACACGCAGCUGGAAUUCCGGGAAGAAAGGAAGAGGGCUGGUUUGAUGUGAUCUCUGAACGACAGGCUCUUAUCUGUGAAGUGAGUGCAAAUGAGAGGUGGGAUUACAGCCUUGCUUUAUAGAGGACAAGGAAAAGAUGAUGACACAGUCAUAGAUAAAUACAUGCAGGUGUCAAAUACAAAAUGCUGUGGAGAGGGAAUACAAAAUUAGGCAUGGCAUCUGCAUCCAUAGACUUGCAGUUAUAAUUGCGGCUAAUGAACAUCUAAAUGCAUUAGCAUUGUAAUGACGGAACGGAAACACUAGACUCAAGCAACAUGUUUUAAAGCACUUCAAAUAGCAUGACGGGCAUGUCUGCGCCUAGAGAGUGUUGUCAUAUGUAAAUGAAGGAAACAAGCUCUCUAAUAAUAGACGGAAAGCAUCUCUCAGGGGAAUACGCUGGAAAGUAAACAUUUGUUUAUCGCAUCUUUUAUUUAAUAAUUCAUGUCUUAGUCUACGACUUUGGCGGAGGCACCAGGGAGUUCACGUUAGGCAGAUCAUCUCUUUGAUUAUAUUGUUCAGACACGGUGGGAUCUGUAAAUUUAAUCCUUGUACGCCGUGCUGCCGGCUGCUUGUUUCAAGACUUUACUAUCUGUCUAAUAAUAUAAUAUCUGAUUCGCAUCAUUAUAUGUGAAGUUCUAAAGCCGGAAACAUUAAACCAACUUCCCUGAGUGUGUAUCUUGGAGGAAAUUCAAAGCGCACACACAUCAGAGGCUCCAUUCAUCAGCGAUCAAACCUUGACUUUCUCACGGCUGGAUGCUGCAGCGACUCUGAUCCCGCUUCCCGGGUUGGACCUCAAUUAAAACAGCAGCCGGGCCUGAAUGAGGGAAGCAGACAAAGAAAAGAACAUCAAAGCCCUUUCAUGGAGUGCAGAGUCUUAACCUCUGAUCUCAGGGAGGGAUUACUGUAAUUGGGCGGCAGGGAUCGACACCAACGUCGGAGAAUCAGGAAGCCACAGCGUUGAGGAAUCGCACCCCCUCAGGAAACCUCGAGCCAAGAUGGGCUGCAACAUGUGUGUGGUGAACAGGCCGGAGGAACAGUACAGGAUCAUGUUUCAGAAGGGAAACACGCUUCGUCCUAUUGAUGCAGAAGUGAAGCUCAAAGGCAGAAGAACAUCUCAUCUGUCCCAGGACAAAGAUGGACAGCCUCAUGAUCCUCUCCUGCUUCAAGUGGUACGUAAGGGUCACAGGAGGAGAUUGGGUGCAGCUGCUGGCACGGCUCGGCUCAUGGCAAUUACAGACUGUGUUGACAACGGCACUCAGACCGACAUCAGCUUCCAGAACUUCCUGAAUGGGGACAGAGGGUCUUACCUGAGCAGUGGAUCACCCAUGCCCCCACCAUCCCCCCCUCCUCUCGGACAGCUGGUGGAGCCAUACUUGCUGAAUGACCUUGGUUCUUUGGGGCAGGAAUAUAGUGAUCCAAAUGACUACUUCAAUGUUGCCAACCAUGAGGUGGAUCAACAAGAAGAGCUGGAAUAUGAGGAGGUGGAACUGUAUAAGUCGAGUCAGCAAGAUAAACUGGGGCUAACAGUAUGUUACCGGACAGACGACGAGGAAGACCAAGGCAUCUACGUUGGGGAAGUGAAUCCAAACAGCAUAGCAGCAAAAGAUGGAAGAAUCCGGAAGGGGGACAGGAUAUUACAGAUAAAUGGGAUGGAAGUUCAGAACCGAGAAGAAGCGGUGGCCAUCCUGACCCGUGAGGACAGCACCAACUUCUCAUUACUGCUGGCCAGACCAGAGAUAGAGACGGACACUCAUUUGGACCCAGAAGAGAUUGACUGUGAGUUACCUGUAGGGAUGAGUGUGGACAGCCUCAAUACUUCCCAUCUGUCCGGCCUGUACCAUUUCCGCCAACAGAGACCCCAAGGAGGCAUUCCUGAGGAAACCCAACAUCGGGAGACACCCAUGCUCAGCUUAGCAACCCUCAGCAACAGUCAAGAGCUUGACAGUGGUGUGGGCCGAACAGAUGAGAGCACAAAGAAUGAAGAAUCCUCUGAGCAUGACAUCCUUCUGGGUGAUGAGCAGACCAGUGCCUCCAACACAAAUGCCACCAACACGCCUGGAAGCUUGCGCAAGUUCAGGCCCGGCAGGAGUGGCGGAGGAGGGAGCGACACACCAUCGCCGCUGUUCCCUCUCCGAGAACUCCACCUUAGCACAGACUCGCUGGACUGUGGAAGUGUGGUGGGUGGAGGGUACCUUCACGAUCCCGUCAGUGGGAUGAUAAUGCCGGGCCUGACAGAGGAGGAAUGUGAGAGGUACAGGCAGCUUCUGGAAAUCAAAUGUCGUUAUGAGAAGAGGAUGAAGAAUAUGCAGCAGGUUCAAGAAGAAGGAGAGGGACAAGAGGAAGCUGAGAAUAAGGAGGAGACUCUGGACGAGAACAGUAACGAAAACCUGACUCCACAUGAGAUGGCGCUUCUGGAAGAGGAAAUGAGGCACCUUGAGUUCAAGUGCCGGAACAUUCUACGGGCACAAAAGAUGCAGCAGUUAAGAGAACGCUGUUUAAAAGCAUGGCUGAUGGAGGAAGAAACAUCUGGUCGGGUGUCUGCGGAACCUCAGGGGUCUCCACUUCACGAGCUGUCUGACAUCAACGAACUUCCAGAGAAGGAACGGUCGGACAAGGACAGCACUAGUGCUUACAACACCGGGGGAGAGAGCUGCAGGAGCACGCCUAUGGUGAGUGAGCACCGACUUCCAGUUUCUCAGAUAGAUGAGUCCACAAGCCCUCUGCCAAGUAGACACAGGGACCGACCAACCUGGAGUGAAAGAGGACGAGCAAGCCUCACUAGUUCAUACUCACCAAGCAGCUACAAAAAGUUUCAGACCAACACCCCUAUGAACCAGAAAUUCUGCUCUCUCACAAGAGAAGGAACCAUCCGUCGCAUGCCUGAAGGUUUGACACAAGGUGGAAAUUCUAGGGUGAGCAGAAAUGGUGGUCGUAGUGCUGAGUCAAGUCCUUACUUCACUCGACGGCGUCAUUCCAACUGCUUCACUCCAGAACGCUACCAGAGUUGCAUGCAUCUGGGAUCCUCACUUUCAGAGAGUUCUGGACCCUUGGAUAGAGCCGUCGAAGGAGAAAGUGAGGCACCAGUGGGUGGCAGUGACCGUGAGGGCCAAGAGAAUGGCACCUUUGGGUCAUUGCCUCAUCCUAGCCCAGUGAAGCUUUCUCUGGCCUUACCUUUGCCACUUCCCCCUGCGUCACCACGCAUGGAGUGGAAGGUAAAGAUAAGAAGCGAUGGGACCCGCUAUGUAGCCAAACGUCCUGUCCGAGACCGGCUCUUGAAAGCCCGAGCUAUGAAGAUCCGUGAGGAGCGUAGUGGAAUGACGACUGACGACGACGCAGUGAGCGAAAUGAAGAUGGGUCGCUACUGGAGCAAGGAAGAGCGUAAGCAACAUCUGCUGAGGGCCCGCGAGCAGCGCAGACGCAGAGAGUUUAUGAUGCAGAGUCGCCUGGAAUAUAUGCGAGAACACGGCCUGGAUAUGGGCAAGGAGAGCCAGUCGGAGUCAGGCCAGAACUCAGCCUCGAUCCUGGAGCUCAGUCAGAAAAAGAGCUCCAAGAAACGCAACCGACGGAUACUCGACAACUGGAUCACCAUACAAGAGCUACUGGCACAUGGCUCUCGCUCUCCAGAUGGGACAAAGGUGUAUAAUCCUCUUCUGUCUGUUACCACAGUCUGAAAGGAUGGUGAGGACAAUAGAUAGAGAAUCUAUUUUAUCGAAUGAUCAAACACUUUCAUGAACAGUCCUCAGAAGUUUCCAGAGUCAUCUUUCCACUUUACUAAUAUGGCUGAGCAACGUACUUGAAAUAUCUGAAAGUCCCUGAAACAAGACAAAUUUACUUGAGAAGCAACACUAAGACUUGUCUAUUGUUUUUAAAAUGAUUAUACUCACCUGUAAGGGUGCAGUUGUGGCCUAAUGGUUAGAGAGUCAGACUUGUAACCCAAAGGUCAUGGGUUCAAGUCUCAGUACUGGCAGGGAUUGUAGGUGGGGGGAGUGAAUGCACAGCACUCUCUUCUACCUUCAAUACCACGACUGAUGUGAGAGCCUUGAGUAAAUCCACCGAACCCCCAACUGCUUCCCGGGAGCACUGCACCACAGCAAAAAGCUCCAGGUGUGUGUGUGCUUAAUCGGUGAAAUGCAGAGCACAAAUUCUGAGUAUGGGACACCAUACUUGGCAUGCAUUCUAAUAAAGAUCUUAGUGUUACUUCUCACGUAAACAUACCUUUUGAAGAUUUUUAGAUUUUUCGGAAAACACUUAAAAAAUUAUGAAUGAAAAAGUUAAUGGGUGGGGCUACUUUUAAGUUUGUGGAAAAACUUGAUUUUCUUAAUUAAUGAAUGUCAUAUUGUAUUGCUUCUCAGUAUACAUUAUCACUCUUCCGAGGUCAAACAUCUGCUUACAAGGAUUCUGUUUAACCCUAAACUGAAAACAGCACAUGGCUGGGUGGCAAAGACACUCGGAAGAUUAUGAAUGUUGACUGAACGUACACAGACAAGCACAACACACACAACUGUACAAGCAGACAGGUCUUAGUCAAAAUCUGCUUGUUGCAAGCAAACAUAUUGGACAAAUGUAAUUCAUAACUUCCUCGCAGCUGCACAAACGAAACAAGAAAUCAAUUUCAUAACUCUUGAAUUUUCAUGGAAAAUAAUGAAGGGAUAGAAUAACAAAAGAUUUUUGUACAAUUUACUGCUCUAAUUACAAUAUCAUGUAAGUGCUUAUCCUGUGCAGACACAAUCAUGUUAAACUUUCCUACAGAGAUGUGGUGCUGAACAUUUGUACUGCUUGUUUGAUGGUCUGUUUACACUAUUCUUCUGUACUGUUCAUUAUGACCCAAAUAUGACAAAAGCACAAUGUAAGCCACGUUGUGCUUUUUAAUUUUGAAUGUAUGGUAAUUCUUUUUCCUUAAACCCUCAUCAAAAUCAGCACAGAGAGAAUUUCACAAGCCUAUGUGGCCUAGUGCGGACACAUACUAAUCACCAGCAAAAGGGGAAGCACAAACACACACUGGAUUCCUAUGAAAUCUAACCAGCUUCAAAAAUGAAAACAGAUUGUACAUUUUAAUAUACUGUUAUUAGCAGCAUUUAACCUGAAGUGGUUCACACAAGUGUAGCAAAGGAGCUAAAAUGAGGGGAUAUUCUUAUUCAUGAGUAAAUGAAUGAUAUACAAAUUUAUUAACAUAUUUGUAAGUGUUUGAAGAUUUUGUAGAAAAUGGCCUUAAGAGUUUUGACCAGUUUGGUGAUGAGAGCCACUUGUUCAGCUCAACUAAUUUUGCAUGAUUUUGACUAUACUGUACAUGCCAGAAAUACACAAUGAACUGUAGUGGAGAACUUCCAUUGCUCAGUAUACAGAUGUAUGUGACCAGAGGACUUUAUCCAGCAUCAUUUGCCAUUUCCGUCUUGGUGUUAGAUAAAAAUGUAGAAAUCUACAGUUAUACUCAUAUGGUACCUGUUGAUUGAUAUCAAUAGUCCUAAUUAUAUGAUGUGUAAUGUGCAUUAGUUCUUGAGUGGUUAUUUCAAUGCAUUACUGAGACCGUAUAAAAUCUAACAUUUUAGACAAAUAAAACAAUUUUGUAUGCUUAAUAUAAGUCUGUCAUUAGCCUGAUUUCAAACUUGGAUGCACACAAAACACACAGCCACAUAGUCACUCAAAAAUAUAUAAAAAACAACUUUCCAACAGCAAGAACAUGUUUUAUAGAAUGAGAGCAAUAAAUUAUCACAUAAUUUCUCUGAAUUAAUUCUGCAUUGAAACCUCAUACAUAUAUACAAAUAAAACUUCAUACAAUUAAUUUUAAAUAUAGGAACUGCUCUUACACACACAUACUGAUACAAUUUUACAAUUACAAUUCGUUCCAAGCCCCCAACCCCCCCAACCCCAGGUCCUUAAAAUGUAAACAAUGGUUCAUGUUCCCAUUCCCAGCCUAGAUACUGAUUCCCCAGUCCAGUGCAGAGUAAAUAUGGCAUAUUUAUAUCAA